AUGAAGGAGAAGUCCAAAACGGCGGCAAGGACUAGACGGGAAAAGGAGAACAGUGAAUUUUACGAACUGGCCAAAAUGUUGCCUUUACCGUCGGCCAUUACGUCACAGCUGGACAAAGCGUCUAUCAUUAGGCUGACAACGAGCUACCUAAAAAUGAGAAUAGUCUUCCCGCAAGGUUUGGGUGAAGCUUGGGGUCAUACAAAUCGAACAAGACCGUUGGACAAUCUUGGACGUGAGCUCGGCUCUCAUCUACUGCAGACGUUGGAUGGCUUUAUAUUCGUUGUUGCUCCAGAUGGGAAAAUAAUGUACAUUUCAGAAACAGCAUCCGUGCAUUUAGGACUAUCCCAGGUAGAGCUGACUGGAAACAGUAUUUAUGAAUACGUGCACCCUGCAGACCACGACGAGAUGACCGCUGUAUUGACACCACAUCAGCCCUACCAUUCCCAUUUUGUACAAGAAUAUGAAGUGGAGCGUUCUUUUUUCCUAAGAAUGAAAUGCGUGUUGGCUAAAAGAAACGCAGGCCUCACCAGUGGUGGAUAUAAGGUGAUCCACUGCAGUGGCUACCUGAAGAUCCGUCAGUACAGUUUGGACAUGGCACCCUUUGAAGGUUGCUACCAAAACGUGGGCCUGGUAGCUGUGGGACACUCUCUACCCCCCAGCGCUGUGACUGAAAUCAAACUGCACAGCAACAUGUUUAUGUUCAGGGCCAGUUUGGACAUGAAGCUUAUCUUCCUUGACUCUAGGGUUGCCGAGCUGACGGGUUAUGAGCCACAGGAUCUGAUUGAGAAAACUCUGUACCAUCACGUGCACAGCUGUGACAUCUUCCACCUCCGCUGUGCACACCACCUUCUGUUGGUAAAGGGCCAAGUCACCACUAAGUAUUACCGUUUCUUGGCCAAGCAUGGCGGAUGGGUGUGGGUGCAGAGUUAUGCCACCAUCGUACACAACAGCAGGUCAUCCAGACCCCACUGUAUUGUCAGUGUCAACUACGUCCUCACGGACACGGAAUACAAGGGAAUGCAGCUGUCCCUGGACCAAAUGAGCCCCACCAAGCCGGCUUUCCCUUAUACUGACAGCCUCAGCGAGGACAGGAAGAGCACAAAGUCACGUCUUACCCAGUCAAAGGCUAAAGCCAGAGUGUCGCCCUACCCACAGUUUUCAGCAUUCAAUCCAGAGCGUUCGGAGUCAGACCAAGACAGUCAAUGGGGAGGGAGCCCACUGACAGAGGCUGCCUCACCUCAGUUGUUGGAUCCGAGUGAGGCCGCCGAGGCAUCAUGUGCCUAUCGACUGUAUCCAGACUCAGGGUCCCUGUGCUAUGGCCUUGGGCUAUUGGAAGAGGAUCUAGCUCACGCCCAGUCCCGUCCUCACACAACCGCCUGCGAUCGGGUUCGAUGUCCAAGUGGACGCUACUUCCUAGGAGCUCCGCAGUCAGGAAGAGAGGUGUGGUGGGAUGCCACCCGCUCUGUCCUCGCUCUUCCGAAACCAUCUGCAGACAGCAGCGAGGGCUACGAAAUCACGUCCUACCACGCUGCUUUUCAUGGACGAGGCCACUGGGAUGAAGACAGCAUCAUGAGUUCACCGGAUGGCGGGGGGUCCACGAGUGAUUCCGGUGAGCGGUACCACGGGGACCAAUUCCAGACCAGUCCUAGGGAGCCCAGUAAGAUGGAGACCUUAAUUCGGGCCACACAGCAGAUGAUCAAAGAAGAAGAGAACCGUCUUCAGCAGCACAAACCGCCGCUUGAUGUCACAAAGAACCACAGUCCAUGUUUCAACUCAUCACUACCCCACCACUCGCAGCUCCACAUGCCCAGCGUGGUGUGCCGAGGCCCGGGAGCCCCGAGCAUUGACCUCCCUUCUGAACGCCUCCACCACCGCGUUAAAGUGGCCGGUCCUCUAGACAAUGACGAAAACACAACCAGUCCUGGGUCCCUCUCUCGUCUCAGCAGCCCCAGCUCUGACGUCAUCCCCAGGUCCGGUCUUCCCCUCACCAAAGACUAUAUGCAGACGGAUCUGUCACCACAUCCGACACAACCUCAAGGCAGCCCUCUGCUUUACCAGUCCCAUGAGAGGCCCCCUCUGGACAGGCAAGCAGCCUAUGCAUUGACUGGGUACUCCUUGGAACACCUGUAUGACCCGGAGAACCUAAGGAGUUACUCUGGACUGGCUUGCGCAGGGGUCCAGUAUGACAUGGCGUCACACAUGAGAAUGCAGGCUGAGCAGAUGCAGGGACACAAGGCCACGUCUGUGAUUAUAACAAACGGGAGCUGACAAUAUCUGAUGCUAAUGGAUCUUGUUGGUUAACCAAGGAUAUUCCAACAUUGACAAAGAAUUGAAAGGUGAUCUGUUUGGAGGACUGUUGUGCUUGACAUCGGAGAAUUUCUUUUCCAAGAAUGUU